AUGCAGACCCACAACCUCACAGUGAUGACUGAGUUCAUCCUGAUGGGCAUCACUGACCGUCCUGAGCUGCAGGCACCAUUGUUCGGACUUUUCCUCAUCAUCUAUCUGAUCACAUUGAUUGGCAACUUGGGCAUGAUCGUCCUCACCAUGGUGGAUUCCAGGCUGCAAACACCCAUGUACAUCUUUCUCAGACACCUCGCUACUGUAGAUCUUGGUUAUUCAACUUCUGUGGGGCCCAAAAUGUUAAGAAAUUUUAUUGUAGAUCAGAAUACAAUACCAUUUUAUUUUUGUGCUACCCAAAUGUGUUUCUUUGAUAUGUUCAUCAUUGUUGCUGAAUUUUUUAUUCUCUCUGCAAUGUCUUAUGACCGUUAUGUGGCCAUUUGCAAACCACUCCUCUACACUGUCAUUAUGUCACAAAGAGUAUGCUGGACACUGGUCACCAUUCCCUACCUCUAUGGUAUAUUUGUCUCACUUCUGCUUACCAUAAAGAUUUUCACUGUGUCCUUCUGCGGCCCCAAUGUUAUCAGACAUUUCUACUGUGAUGGUCUCCCCUUGUUGUCUUUGGCCUGCUUAAAUACUCAUGAAAUUGAGGUGAUAAUUUUAAUAUUAUCAGCUUUUAAUUUGCUUUCUUCUGUUCUGGUGGUCAUUGUGUCCUAUGUAUUCAUCCUUGCAGCUAUUCUCAGGAUGAACUCAGCUGAGGGCAAAAGUAAGGUUUUCUCUACCUGUGGGUCCCACCUGACAGUAGUCGCUGUCUUCUAUGGGACUUUGAUAUUCAUGUAUUUGCAGCCUAUGUCCAUUCAUUCCUUUGACACUGAUAAAGUGACUUCCAUAUUUUACAGUCAAGUUAUACCUAUGCUGAAUCCCUUAAUCUAUAGCUUGAGGAACAAAGAUGUAAAAGAUUCCCUUAAAAAAACAGUGGAAAAACUAUGCAAUAUUGUGUGGUAG